AUGACAUCGACGACAGUACGCGUACAUCCGGUGGUGUUGUUCAACAUUGUGGACAUAUAUCAGCGCCGAAACAGUGACGCCAAUCGUGUGAUCGGAACUCUGUUGGGAUCUCAAGACAAGAGCGGAAACGUUGAGAUCAGUAACUCGUUUGUCGUUCGUGACGCCAAUCGUGUGAUCGGAACUCUGUUGGGAUCUCAAGACAAGAGCGGAAACGUUGAGAUCAGUAACUCGUUUGUCGUUCAGCACAGGGAGGCCAACAACGAGGUGGCCAUCGAUAUCGAAGUGGCCAAAGAACUCUUUGAAUUGCACCGCAAAGUGAAUCCCAAUGAGACGAUUGUUGGCUGGUUUGCCACCGGCGGCGGCGAAGUGAACGAGUAUUCAGUUGUCAUUCACGACUACUACUCGCGCGAGACGUCUAAUCCCAUUCAUCUGACGGUCGACCCGUCGGAACGCGGCCUCAAUAUCAAGGCUUACGUCUCGACGCCGUUCGGAGUGCCGGGAAAGACGACGGGAACCAUGUUUUCGCUGCUCACAGAUGUGUCGAUAGCGGCGGGCUAUGAGCCCGAGAUGAUUGGUCUGCGCGCCUGUAUGUUGGCCUCGGGUUUGUCCACUUUCGGUAUCGCGCAGUCCAUUGACAGCGAGUUGGAUAUGAUUGUCCAGACGUCGCAGAAGUCC